ACAGCCAGAACCAGAGAGGAGAUACCAUGGCCCGUACCUUCACAGCCCUGCUCUGCCUUGGGCUGAACGUGGGCCUGAGGACCCCAGUGCAUGCAGGGACCCUCCCCAAACCCACCCUCUGGGCUGAGCCAAGCUCUGUGACCCUGUUGCAGAGCUCUGUGACCAUCUGGUGUCAGGGGCCCCUGCAGGCCCAGAGGUUCCGUCUGCAUAAAGAAGGAAGCGGAAUAUCUUUGGAAAGAGAGAAGCCACUGGAACCCAGUGACAUGGCCAAUUUCUCCUUCACACACACUACAGAGUAUGAUGCAGGGAGAUAUCAAUGCUCCUAUCUCAGCCCCAGUGGCUGGUCAGAGGUCAGCGACCCCCUGGAGCUGGUGGUGACAGGAUUCUACAGCACACCCAACAUCUCAGCCCUGCCCAGCUCUGUCCUGACCUCAGGAGGGAAUGUGACCCUCCAGUGUGGAUCAUGGCAGAAAUUCAACAGGUUCAUUCUGACUAAGGAAGGAGAAGACAGGUUCUCCUGGACCCUGGACUCACAGCCUCACCCCAGUGGGCAAGUCCAGGCCCAGUUCACUGUGGGACCUGUGACCUCCAGUGACAGGUGGACAUUCAGAUGCUAUGGCUGUUACAGGAGCACUCCCCAGGUGUGGUCACACCCCAGUGAUUCCCUGGAGCUCCUGGUCUCAGACUCCCACUCCCAAGACUACACAGUGGAGAAUCUCGUCCGCAUGGGUGUGGCUGGCUUGGUCCUGGUGGUCCUCAGGGUGCUGCUGUCUCAGGCUCGAGACAGUGAGAGAAUGGCCCAGGCUGCCACCAGGAGAUUCCUUGGUCUCUUCCUUCAGCACAGCUGGGUUCAGAGAGGAGACACCAUGUCCCCCACCCUUACAGCCCUGUUCUGCCUUGGGCUGAGCAUGGGCCUGAGGACACCUAUGCAGGCAGGGACCCUCCCCAAACCCACCCUCUGGACUGUGCCAGGCUCCAUGGUCCCCUGGGGGAGACCUGUGACUAUGUGGUGUCAGGGGAGCCUAGAGGCUGAGGAGUAUCGUCUGGAUAAAGAAGGAAGCUCAGCACCCUGGGACAGACAGAUGCCACUGGAUCCUAGGAACAAGGCCAAGUUCUCCAUCACACAGAUAACAGAGCACUCUGCAGGGAGAUAUCACUGUUACUAUCUCAGCCACAGGGUCUGGUCAGAGCGCAGUGACCCCCUGGAGCUGGUGGUGACAGGAGUCCAUUACAGCAAACCCAGCCUCUCAGCACUGCCCAGCCCUGUUGUAACCUCAAGAGGGAACAUGACUGUCAAAUGUCACUCAGAUGAGGGAUUUGGCAAGUUUGUUCUAACUAAGGAAGAAGAAGAUAGCCUCUCCUGGGCCCUCGACUCACAGCAAGACCCAAGUGGGCAUUUCCAGGCCCUCUUCCUUUUGGGCCACAUGAUUCCCAGACAGAGUGGGACUUUCAGAUGCUAUGGUUAUUUCAGGAGCAAACCCCAGUUGUGGUCACCACCCAGUGAGCCCCUGGAGCUCCUGGUCUCAGGAGUCUACAGCAAACCGAGCCUCUCAGCCCAGCCCAGCCCUGUUGUGACCUCAGGAGAGAAUGUGACUCUCAAAUGUCACUCAUAUGAGGGAUUUGGCAAGUUUGUUCUGACUAAGGAAGCAGAAAACAGGCUCUCUUGGAGCCUGCACUCACAGCAAGACCCAAGUGGGCAUUUCCAGGCCCUGUUCCCUGUGGGCCCCAUGAUCCCCAGACAGAGUGGGACUUUCAGAUGCUAUGGUUACUACAGGAGCAACCCCCAGAUGUGGUCACCAGCCAGUGAGCCCCUGCAGCUCCUGGUAUCAGGAGCAGCUGCCACCAUCGGCCCAUCACAUAACAGCUCAGAUGACAUGAAUGACUCCCACCCUCAAGACUACAGAGUGGGGAAUCUAAUCCGCAUGGGCCUGGCUGGCUUGGUCCUGGUGGUCCUCGGGGUACUGCUGUUUCAGGCUCAAGACAGCGAGAGAAUGGCCCAGGCUGUGGCCAGGACCUGAACACAGAAGUGGCCAGAGCACCCUUCAGAGUAAGAGACUUGGAAAUGAGGUCAUGUGCCCAGAAAGUUAUGGAACAUAAUCGGGGCAUGCCAUGUGACCUGUCUGUAGCUUAUUGCAGGUGGAGGAUUUCUUGGUCAUAUGCAGGGGGACAAGGUCUGAACCCUUCUGCCAUUAAAUUCAGCCCAUCCUUUCCUGUCCAUUGUUGAGUCAUGUGACAAGGUCUGACUUUUUCCCAUUCAGUUAAAUUGGAAUUGAUCCCACAUGGCAUGGUCACGUCCAUACCUCCCUGCACUUUCAGAAACAUGUUCUUUUUUAUGUCUUAUUACACCUGCCCGAGGUUGGUAUAAAUUGCCCAUCUACUCAGUGCACAGCCUGAAAUCUAUUUUAAUAAAUCCAUGAACUGGCAUCACAAACAUUCAGCGCACAAGAGAUAAAUCCAAAAUGAUGCCCUAGCACCGUCUGUGGACCCAUGUGCCUUCACCUUUCCUAAGAUGGCACCUGUGGACUUUCCCCAGGAACCUCCUCACAUGGAGAAAAGACUUUUUUUUUAUCUACACCUGAGGAUAUUUACAUUGCUUUUUAUUUUGAGAGGUAGAAGAGAGAAGCAGAAACACUGACGUGAGAAAUGAACAAUGAUUGGUUGCCUCCCAUAUGUGCCUGACAGGGGAUUGAACUUGCAAUCUAGGUAUGUGGGCUGACUGGGAACAAAUAGGACAAAGUUUUGGUUAUGGGAUGAUGCUCCAACCAAUGGAGCCACACCAGCCUGGGGAAAUCAAGAUGUAUUUGUCUGAAGGGACUGCCCGGGUUGCAGUGCACUGGAAAAACCCACUGUUAAAAACACAGUGCAGGAUACAGAUGUUGUAUUAGAGAAUUGUACAUUGAAACUUAUAUAUAAUUUCACUACCCGAUGUCACUCCUAUGAAUUCCUCUUAAUAAAA